AAAACCCAGUAGUGAACAAGGAAACCGGGCAAGAUUUCAGACAGCACCAAACAUUAUCGUACAAUCAAGAUGUUUAAAGUGGUUCUCAUCUCAGCUAUAAUUGUGGCUGCUUAUUGUGCUCCCGCCGAUAAAUCUGGCCAGGAUCAUCUGCAACCAUCUGAGACCUCGUGGAAUUCAGCUUGGGCAAAUCCCGCAAAUCCCAACGCCGCUUGGCAGAAUCCGAGCGCGUGGGGAUCGCAAAACUGGAAUCGAUGGAAUAACCCGUCUGCUGAUCCUCGCUGGAAUCGUUGGGGAGCUGGAGCAGAACCAUGGAACCGUUGGGGAUCUAAUACUGGAUGGAACCAGUGGAAUCGAGCUGGAACAUGGCCGGCGACUGCCACUACUACUGCCAAUCGUGGAUGGAAUAAUCCAUGGUAAGCAGUUACAAUGCAUACAAUAGGACAGAAUAAUGCCAAUCCUUCUAAA